AAUAUGUUUCGAAGGAUGUUUAUCGCAUCGAUUAGUUUUCGUUGCGUUUUAAUAGAUUAAAUCAGCAUUCACGUUUUGUGAAAAUGCGUAUGUAAUAUGCAGUGGGUAAUAUCAGCAUUUCAGUUUCGUAAAAUUGCUAAUAAUAAUAAGUACUAAUCGUGUUUUUUAUUUUGAAACUAUAGUUGCGAUUCAGCUCUGUAUUUGAAGUGUUCAAAUAUUAUUUGUAGGAGUUAGCUUACAUUUUUGAGUUUGCAGUUUUGAUACAAUAUGACUUGAAUGCAGAAUCUAUUUGUGAUUCGUUCAACUGGAAAGCGGAAACGCUAGUCAAUAUUUUGUAAAGUACUUUGAACCGAACUCAUCGACUUUAUUGAAGAUUGACAUUGAAACGACAAAAAUGUCCGUUAACGUAACUGCAGAAACUUUUCCAAGCAUUGCCGAAACCUCACGUAACGUUCAGAUGCCUUUGCUAGCUUCAACCAGUUUCAGUCGCAUACAACAGGCUGCUGGAGAUGUGUUCGAAAUGACGGAGCCAGACACAUUACCGGAAUCCACGGAACGCUCGGAGCCGCCCGGAAUCAUGUCUAUCCUCUGUCUCGUGGCGCUUAAGCGGCGCCUCUGGCUGCUUCCCAUCCUCACUUCCAGUUGGCUCUUCUCCUCCUUCUGGAUAUCGUAUGGUAUAGCGGUGGGGUACAACCACACGGAGGCUGACUUCCCCUACAUCAGCCAUACUGCCAUUGAGGCCCCAGAACGCUGUGUCUUCGGUCAGUUGGUCAACAUUGGUGCCGUAAUGCUGGCAAUGAACGUUAUUCUUCGCUACCUCUACCUGAAGAGGUACUUCCUGUGUAAACAGGUCACGGUCACGGACCGCUGCUUCAAGGUCAACUUGGCUGGCCUCGUUCUCGGUUUUGCCUCGGCGUUUGGACUCAGCAUGGUGGCAAACUUCCAGACUGAAGUGCAAAGGAUACCCCACUACAUUGGCGCCUUCUUCGCAUUCGGGAUCGGCACCGUAUAUUGCUGGAUUCAGACGACGUUGUCAUAUAAAGUGCGAUGCCUGAUGACGGGCGACAAACUAUCCGACCAGAAAUUCCGCAAGAUGGCGCUAGUUAUUCUUCAGUUCAUUAACAGCGUCGUUAUGACGGUGCUUCUAGUGCUGUUUUCAACGUCUAAAGCAAUUUACAAAGUGCAGUCGACCAAGGGCUUGGGUUCAAAGUGGGACACGUUACGUGAGAUCUACCUGACGUCGACGGUGUCCGAGUGGCUCCUGGCGUUCUCAAUUCUGACGUUUACGUUGACGUUCGCGCCAAACUUCAAGAACGUCCGCAUGCACGACCCGCAUAUACAUCUGGAAGAGGAGUAUGAGAAGAAACAUUCUAUAUCGAGGCACGACGACAUCUCGGCCAACAACAACAGUAAUGGCGCGAUCCCCUACGGAACAGCAGACAAUGCUGUCUGAACGAAACGACGAAACAACUGUUGAUCAAGCGAAUCAUGACAUUUUAAAAGCAGUUGUGAUAACAUACAAAAUUGUCCGGAAGAUAGGCAAAAGCACUUAUGAGUUUAGAAUGACACCAGAACUUCGACGGAAAGUAUGUGAUAGAAAGCUUUGGUUGAGACGUUGAGUGCUGGCUUGUCAGGAAAUGGAAGGGCAGUUGAUGCAGUGCGAUCAAACUAGCAUAUUCCGUAGAAACAGUCUCAGGGCUAUAUAUUCCCGCAUUUUCGCCGGUUACCGCCAUCUGAGCGACACCGAAUUCGGACAUGUCGGUUUCGGACUCAGAUGAAGAAAAUCAGCAUCGGCAUUUACCCUUAAUCAAUCACAAAUAUACACAAAAUAGGUGGACAUAUACCUACAUGCAUCCAUGUUUGUUGCUGUAUUUAUCAAUGGCUUACAUACUUGUAGUUGAUAGUGUUUUUAGUCCCCUACCGGUUUCACCGGAGGGGACUUAUGGUUUUUGCUCCGUCUGUCAGUCAGUCAGUCAGUCAGUCUGUCACACUUUUCUGGAUCUUGCGAUAACUUUUUAAGUUUUUAAUAUUUUUUCAUGAAACUUGAAACAUGGAUAGAUGGCAAUAUGGACAUUAUGCACGUCAUUUUAUAUUGUUCCUACGUCAAAAAUUAUGGUUGCUUUGGCAACAAAUAGACUAGAAAUACUGCUGAAAAUGGUGGUUUUCUGGAUCCUGCGAUAACUUAUAAAGUUCUUAUUAUUUUUUCAUGAAACUUGAAACAUGGAUAGAUAGCAAUAUGAACAUUAUGCACGUCAUUUCAUUUUGUUCCUAAGUCAAACAUUCUGAUUGCUAUGGCAACAAAUAUAUAUAAAAAAAAAUCUGAAAAUGGUGGAAUUUCUGACAAUGGUGGAGCCGGUAGGGGACUUAUAUUGCUUGGCAAUAGUCUUGUUUAUUUGUAUUGUUUGCCUUAAAUCGUUUGCUUGUAUCGCCCAGUGUUAUACAAAUGGUUUUCAUAGAUAGCAUUUAAAGUUUAUAAUUUCAAAGUAUGGUGGUUUAACAAUCUAAGGCAAAGCUUUUUUCACAAUCAAACAAUACAUGUUGAGAAAGUUUAAAAUUGUUCUUUUUAAAAUAAUUUCCAAGUGAUUUAAAAAAAAUAUGUUCAAAUUGUGCCUGUAUUAUCCUCAAAUAUGAACAUUUGGCAUACAACCAUGCAACUGAUACUACCAUAUAAAACGGUAAUUUAACGUUCAUUUAAUGUCGAUCGGGUAAUAAUUAAAUUGUAUUUAGAUAACGCAUUAUUUUUGGCAUUAUAUUGUUAUUUGAAAUUGUACAUACAUGUACACAUUGUUUAUCAUUUUAAACGAAAAUGUGCAAUUAAUUACAUAAAUGUUUUAAUUUACAGUAGGAGAUAUUUUAUGUACAUGUAACCCGUAUUUCAUUAUUUUUGCAAAUAAAUUUUACGUCGAAAAUUUGCUCUUUCAAAAAAAUGUGUAAUUGAAAGUUCUAUCUAAAACACCAAAGGGCUAAUGUUUACUAAAAUCGUAUCAAAUAAGUUGAUCCAUCAAUAUAUGUUGACGCCACUGCACUUUUAGUUAUGUUUUAGAUUUAUGUAUAUAUAAGAUCAUUUGAGCCGCGUUCUGAGAAAACUGGACUUAAUGCAUGUGUGUAAA